GUAAAUCCUCGACGACGGAUGGGCAGGCGACGAUGGAAGCGUGUUGCGCAUGGGAUUUGCACAUUUGGUUAUAUCAAGACAACAACUUUGAUGAACUUUUGACGGAACGAGUCGUAAUUCCGGCCGCUUACCUUUCUAUGCAACAAGCGAAUCAACUGCUGCAAGAUAUGGAAGAGAACGAAGUUGUAUUGGUCACACUAUACACACGUUGGCGGCCCCAGUACAAUCCCGCGAUCUUGCUAAUUUGGGCUCUGGGAGUAUCAGUCGCGGCAUUAGCUGCCUAUCUUUCCGCCGGCGACUACCAUGACUAUAUUCGUAGAGUGCUGCGCCGGCAAGAACGUCACCGGCAAGGUAUAGAUACAACUACUUCCUCAAGAACGAAAGUGAACGAUGGCGUUGAACGCUCGGCGUCGUCGGCCAGGGCUCCUCCUGAAGAUAUGGAAUUAACUGCCGCCCACGCACUUGGCUUCAUCAUUAUGGCCAGCUCGAGUUUAUUGGUUUUGUUCUAUUUCAAGAUCUAUGGCAUUGUCAAAGUUUUUUACUCGAUGGGUUGCAGUAAGGCUGUCAGUCAGGUAGUUGUGGAUCCUUUUUUGAAACGGCUAAUGAAGAAAUUUCGAGUUCGCAAUCAAAUCAUUUGGCGAACAAAUACAGAAGAUUUUGGUGAUAUAUCAUUGCGUGACAUUAUGGCGCACGUCAUUGGAUUCACUUUGGGUCUCUCUUGGUUGAUCAUCGCUUUUGUGGCGCGGGACCCGGGAUCAAUUACUUUUUUCUGGAUCAUGCAAGAUAUUUUUGGUACCUGCAUGUGUGUCAUGUUCCUGCAGGUUAUCAAACUCAAUAGCAUUCGAGUCGCGGCAAUUUUGCUGGUUGUAGCUUUUUUCUACGAUAUCUUUUUUGUCUUCGUGACGCCGUUGCUGUUUCAAGGCAAGUCUGUCAUGAUUACAGUGGCGACAAGAAAUCCGUUACCCAUGCUGUUAACUAUCCCUCGCCUGUUUGAUUUCGAAGGUGGUUCAAGUCUGCUUGGAUUAGGAGAUAUCGUCUUGCCUGGUUUGUUACUGAGUUUCGCCGCCCGUUUUGAUGCCGCUAAGCGAAUGAUGGGCGUUAUGGGCGGCGGUAGUGGUAGCUUGACAUCUUAUCAUUGCCAAGAACGGCGCUACUGCUGCAGCUGUGGAUUGUGCAGUGGGGGAUACUUUCCUCCCAUGGUGGCAGCCUAUGCGGUAGGUCUACUCAUGGCAAACAUGGCUGUACAAAUCAUGCAUAUGGGGCAGCCUGCGUUGCUGUAUUUAGUUCCUUGCUGUUUGGGAACCAUGGUAUACAUGGGAUGGCGCAGGAACGAACUAUCAGAACUCUGGGAUAUUUCCAAAGUUAUACGGUCCGCCGAUAAUACUUUGUACGGGGAUUACUAUUCGUCAGGGCCAUCAACAAUGGCAACUUCCCACGAUCGUCACGCUCCAUUACCGCAAGAUGACGACGAACCUGGUAUUGCUGUACAGACUGUGCCAUCCGCAUUGGACGAUACGGGCAGUGCUCCAUUUCUUCCCGAAAACGAUCCUUGAGUGACGUGAAGCAAUAAUUGUGCGUAAAAUAAAAAAAUCGAUUAAAAAUGUUUGCGUUAUUCU